AUGACCUCCAGCUCCGACCUGCCCGUCGCGGAUCUCCCCUCCGCCAGCUUCGACCUCCCAUCCAUCGAUGAAAUCAAGCGCGCAGCAGAGGCCGGCCAGCGCAUCACGAACGAAGAUGUCUCGGUGAUCUCGCAGGUCGAGAGUGAACUGACUGGCUCUGGCCCUGUCCAUGGAGGACCAGCGGCGACGGCACAGAGCCUGGCGAUGAAGCAGAUGAAUUAUGAUACCAAGAUAGACGAGCUCACGCGUAAGCCCCAGAGUCAUAUCACUCAGGAGGAUGCGCGCGAGAUUCAAGCUACCGAGGGACGCGCAUUCAACCGACCUCCCGAGGCAGGCUCCGUAUCUGCUCAAGUUCGUUCCAUCGCGAAUCGAAACGAAGCAUUGGGACUCCCUCCUGUGGCUGUCGAUGUGCCGGUGUACGUGACCAAGGACGAUGCGCGGGAGGCUCAACACGCCGAGUCGACGGUAUACGGAGGACAGAAUCCACGAGGAGGCAUGGCGGCACAGAUGCAAGUGAGUAUAUUCGCUUCGACAGUGCUGGACACAGACUGA